AUACCCUCUAAACUUAUCAUCUUCGAAUCGCAUUACCUCUGGCAUUGGAUCUCAGUAUUGGAAAUCUAUAAAGAAAGGUUUUUUCUUUUUCCUUUUUGUUGAUCUAAGUCGAUUCACACAAGUUGAUGAGGUGAAUUGCUUUCCCAUCACUGGGGACGUUAUUGUUCAAAAACUAAACUCUUAUGUCGUGAAUGUGGGAUUCAUAUAGGCUAUGGAUAUGGUUACUCACCUGCUCUUUGUGGUUUUGACUCCUCUAAUACAACUAGCUCAGCUUAUAAAAAGUUCACUAUAAAGAUCCGAGCACUACAGCCUUGAGAAGAUUGUCAAUGAGGUUGAUAUGGAAGAUCCAUCUGGUGUGGACACACCUAUAUCAUGCACUUGCCUGAUGAUUGCCUCUAUCAUAUUUUCCAAUGGCUUCGCGGUUGCUCUGACCGUGAUUCUUUUGGUUUGACUUGCCAUCGUUGGCUUAAUAUUCAAAAUUUAAGUCGCAGAACCUUGGAAUUCCAAUGUUCAUUCUCCCAACCCUCCCAGACUACUUUUUGCGUUAACUCCUACUAUCUCUACAGACCUACUCGUUUUCAGCAUUUAGAGUUUUUGUCUCUUUGUUGUUGCACUGAGCUACCUGAUUUGGGCCUUAAUCAUUUGCAAUAUUAUGGUUCAAAGUUGUAAACUAUUAUUCUGGAUUGUUGUUUCCGAAUUACUUAUUAAGGAAUUUCCCAGAUUGGUGCUUGGUGUCCCUCUAUAACAAGUAUAAGUCGUUAUAGGCGCAAUGUUACUGAUGCAGGGUUAGAAAAUUUGGCCAAUGCUUGCUCAACUUUGAUGCAUGUGAAUCUUUCAUAUUGCUCACAUAUUUCUGAUUGUGGUUUAAAAACUCUUUCAGAAAGUCAACUUGGAGCAGUAAAGAUUUCUUGUUCUAGGAUUAUUACUGGUGUUGGCUUGAGAGGAUGUUCAGCAACUUUAGCUUAUAUUGAUGCUGAAUCUUGCAAUCUUAGACUAGAGGGGAUAACGGGGAUUGUUAGUGGAGGUGGGCUAGAGAUUUUAAAUGUUUCUUCCAUAAACUGGCUUGGUCAAGGUGGAUUGGCAGUCAUUGGGACAGGAUUUGCCUCAAGGCUUAAAAUCCUGAACUUUCAAAUGUGCAUAAGUGUUGAUGAUACAGCUGUUAUGGCUAUUGCAAAGGGGUGUCCAUUACUUCAAGAGUGGAACUUAGCUUUAUGCCAUAGGGUCAGGUUUUCAGGAUGGGAAUCUAUUGGAUUAAACGGCAAUAAUUUGGUGAAACUUCAUGUGAAUCGUUGUUGGAAUCUAUGUCCUCGUGGACUGGACGCUAUUAGAUGGUGCAAACGGCUCAUGGUCAUAUACUUGAAUCAGAAUCCUCAAAUAACUUUAUUUUCAAUUGAGUUGUUUAAACUGCACAGAGGCGACAUGAAGAUAAAGGAAGAAGAAAUAAUAUAUAUAGGGCCUGAUUGGAAAGAUUGUUAGAUUACAUCUGUGGUACGCAUUUAUUAAAUGACUGAACUUGUUAAUUUGGCAUUAGUGUAGCAGUAAUUUCUCUAAUGAAUGUUAAGAUUUAUCUUAUGUGUAAGUUGGAUUAUCAUAGCUUCA